AUGCAGUCUCCACCUUACGCCCCGACAAAGGCUAAUCUUAAAGCCUGGUGGAAUCAAUUUAACUUUGUUCAAAAGGUGAAGAAGGAGGUCGACUCCAAAGAAGAUUCUGAGCAUCCGGUAUUUGGAAAGCCGCUUAAGGAGAGUUUAAGAUAUGCCAGUGUCCAGAUCUCGACUGCGAACGCCAAUGGAGAGCUCUUCGUGUGGGGCUAUAUUCCAGUUGUCGUGGCGAAAUGUGGCUUGUAUCUUAAAGAAAUUGGUUUGAUCUCUCUUUACAGGCCACGGAUAGUGCUCAUUGUAACAUCAGCCACCGAGGUACCUGGCACAUUUCGAGUAAACGGCUCCACUAAGAGGAUGAGAGAACUGCAGGCUGCCUUUGAAAGUCCUCCACGAUACGGUAAAUCCUUAGACUGGAAGCAAGUCUCCUGCACCUCCCAUGAUGUUGCGAGUGUUUUCCGGAGAUACCUUACCCAAAUGCCAGAACCUGUUAUACCCUACGACAUGUAUCAUGAUUUCCGAGACGCACUAGCUAAGCAGCCUUACAACCAAGACGAAGUCAUUGUCACAUAUAAGAGGCUUAUAAGAGCCAUGCCUCGUGCAAAUCAAUAUCUUCUAUUAUACGUGCUUGACCUCCUGUCUGUAUUUGCGCGGAAAUCUGAUAUCAACUUGAUGACUGCAACAAAUCUUGCGGUGAUCUUUCGGCCUGGUUUGAUAUCUCAUCCACACCAUGAGAUGUCGCCGAAAGAGCAUGCUUUAAGCCAGCAGGUGUUGGAGUUUCUAAUAGCACAACAGGAUUGGUUCAUGCUUGACAUACCACCGCCGCCCCAAAACACGUCUGGAUCACCUAUAUCCGACUCAUCUGUUGACGACAUCACUGUAUUCCCUAGUUCUGACGAUGAGCGACAGCCAGGUAGUGGGUGGAAGAUGGUAGGAAAGAAAGACAUGCGUCGAGUGACGCGACGAAGAACGACCCUCGACCGCAGCGCUGCGCCGCAUGUCACUGUUGCCGAGACAGACCUUCCUCCCGUCAAUGAAACCCCUCCUUCACGACCAGAGGAUGGGCUGGUAGGUGUCUCUCGGAGUCGGACCCUGCCCUCUGGUCGACGAGUGACUUCUUCGUCAUCUGAUGCUCCACGACUUUUGCGAAAACAGAAACGAGCGUCAUCCUCCCAGCCUACUCAGACCAGAGGUGGACAGGAUCCAAUGGCUACGACAUCCUAGUGUUCUCUUUCUUUCUGUCGCUUUGGCAUACCCCGAUGUUCUGUGUGUGCGAGUCUGGAUUUCACCGCCUGUUUUUAGAAAAGGUCCAUGGGAUCUUGACUAUUUUUACUGUUGCAUGUAUUUUCCAGAUAUGGACAUUAAUCUAUUAUUUAAUAUUGAG